AUGGAUCAAAUUCAAGCAGAACCAUCUAUGAAUCUCCCAGUUAUAGACCUGGAUGUCUAUCUCAAUAACCCUAUUGACUCGGAGGUUGUGCAAGAAGAAUGCCGCAAGGCAGCUAGUGCUCUCAUCACCUAUGGCGCUCUCGUGCUCCAUGACAGCCGCGUUUCAGAAGAAGACAACUCAACAUUCCUCGAUAUUCUCGAGGAUUAUUUUGCUCAGCCACAAGAGGUCUUGAAGAAGGACGAAAAACCUGAGCUGAGCUAUCAGAUAGGUGUUACAUUGGAGAACACAGAAAAGCCCAAAUGCGCGGUUGAUGAGCCUUGCUUAGAUGUCAUUCAACGACUCGAUCCAUCGCAGAGACCACUAGAUAUUACAGCACACUCGCCUGACCCGAAGUGCAGAUUCUUCUGGAGAAUGGGCGAGCAGCCGCCUUUCGAAACCGAGUUUCCUGGACUGAAUGCCGAGAAUGUUGUGCCGGAAGCUCCGCACAUCAAGGAUCGCUGGGAGCCAGCAAUGAACCAGUGGGGAACAUCCAUGAAGAGCGCUGUAUCCAAACUUGCAGAAAUGGCUGCUGUGGGCUUGGACUUGCCAGCCAAGUUCUUCAGUGAUGCUGGGAAAUAUGGACCCCAUCUCCUUGCCCCAACGGCCUCAGACUUGAACAAAUACGGACAAAAAGACACCAUUCUUGCUGGCUUCCAUACUGACCUUAACUUCCUUACCAUCCAUGGCCGAUCCCGCUAUCCUGGUCUUCACAUCUGGGCCCGCAACACGGGCAACCGUAUCGCCGUGAAGAUUCCACCCGGAAACUACCUAUUAGUCCAAGCGGGUAAGCAGAUUGAGCACAUCACUGGCGGGCUCAUCAAGGCCGGGUUUCAUGAGGUUAUUGUGAAUGAGAAAACAAUCGAGACGAUCGAGAAGCGGAAGCGCGAGUUUCCAGAUCGACCUCUGGUCAGAAUCUCAAGCACUCUGUUCUGGCAUCUCGGAAGCGAUGUUGACCUUACACCCGUGCCCAAGCUCGCCACAAGAGCGAACGAGGUCAGAGAGUGUCAGAAAGAGUUAGGAAGAGAUGAGGGACGCGCAGUUGAGUAUCCUGCUAUGAAAGUCGGACAUCAAGUGCAGGCCGAGCUGAAGCACAUUGCUUUGAUGACUUAA